AUGAGCCAAAAGGAGCCGAAGCCAGCAGGAGACAAGAAGAUGAAAGAGAAGGUAAAGGUGAAGAAAGAGGCCGAGAAAAAGAACAAAUCCACAUCAGUCAAAAUUAAAGCCACGCCCCCAGCCAAGCCUCUGCCAUACCUGAAUCGAGUAGUGGGGAAGGGGAAGUUCGAGAAGGUGGGGAAGACACUGUCGGUCCCUGCAGGGGACAAACUGGAGCUGAGGUGUAAAGGCAGUCGUGUGCAGUGGGACGUCCCAUUUUACCUGCAGGAGGACGAUGAAGGACGACUCAGGACGCUGCAGUAUGAUCGAUACGGCGUGCUGAUUUUAGUCAAUUCUUCAGGAGUCGAUACAGGAGAGUACACCUGCUACCCGCUGUACUGCGAGGACUCAGACUGCAGGAAAGAGUACGAUAAAGCCCUCAAAGUCUUCAUCUUCUUCCCUGACCCUCAGGAGCUCUUCGUGCCAUCAUCAGAUUAUUACAAGGUUAUCCAUCUCAGAAGUAACUGGCCCACAGUGUUACCGUGUCAGGUCACAAACCUGCAGGCCAAAGUCACCCUGCACCGUGAGUUCCCGCCCGUGGAGGUGAAGGUGGACGGAUCUGAGAUCUCAUAUGAUGUGACACGUGGUUUCACCAUCCACAGACCCAAAGCGUAUCAUGCCGGUUCUCUGUACUGUGUGGCCAGUGUGGGGACCCUGCGACAGAGCUCCAUCAAGUACAUGCUCAUCUACGUCCACUACCCGGCUACUCCUCCUGUCCCUGUGAUCCAGGCCUCAGCUUCCUCAGUGGCUCUGGGUGUGAACCUGCAGCUCUCCUGCACAGUGGUGGGAGAACAGGGCGUGGUGGUGGACUUCACGUGGGAGUAUCCUGGACAGAAGAUCGGCCGGCCACUCUACACGCAGGAGACUGUGCAGACGGUGCAGGUGGACGGACUCAGCCGGCAGCGCUCUCAGUCAGUCCUGCAAGUGGAUGAAGUGCGGGAGGUAGAUGAGGGAACCUACGCCUGCACUGCUCAGAACCUGCAGGGGUCUCGCUCCGUCUCCACCAAUGUCAGCGUGCAGAGGAAACGCAAGCCCACCAAACCACACACAACCUGA